AUUAAUAAUUACCUGAAUAAGAAAGACAAUAUAACUUAAUCAGAUACUUAUUAAUGUAAAUAUGAAAAAUAAUUUUAUUAGUAAAUUAGGUCAGGGAUUAUAUAAUGAGAGUGUUAAGAUAAUGAAUGAGUUAAUUCCUACAACAGUUACUUAAGAAGCUUUAUUUAUUCAUUUAUUAGUAAAAUCAAUCAGAAUUUAAAGCAGGGAAGCAUAUGACUUAGUUUUCAAUAAGUUUAAAGUUGUGAUUGAUGCAGAUCCAAUUUUUUAGGAUGUAUGAAAAUUAACUAUAAAUUAGUUAUAUUAUAAAGUAGGUGUAAAGUACUUUGGACUAAAGGAAAAGGAAUAAUCAUAAUCGGGUAUUGGUGGAUUAUUGAGUUAAUUCUUUUAAUGA